AUGAGCGAUACCAGCAGCUCCCCAGAGCCGGCUACCUCCGCAAAAAGCAGGACUGCAAGUACAAGCAAUCAUAAGGGUAGCAAUGUUUCGUUGAAUACCCCGCCGUCACUGCUGUCUCGCGAGGAGGAACAGAUCUUGGCCAUGUUCCGAGGCAACACAGGUCAGGCCCAUACCAAGGCACCGCCUAGUAGUCGAGCCAAACCACCGGCAGGUGAACCCUUGUUGGAAAAAGGUAGUGAGAUUCCAAACGAUUCUGCUGGAGAUCCUACGUCACCACUUGCAACCACUGAAUAUCCCCUCAAUGUGCCCAAGGAUCGCCCCCCAGAGUCCGAAGGCUCCCAACACAGUUCCUACGUGUUUCAAAGUAGCGGUAAUCCAAAUGAAUGCGUCGAAGCCACUCAUCUGGUACCGUCUCCUCCCACAAUCCAGUCCGAAAUCAAAUCCGAAACGGUAAAAGCCACCACUAAACGAAAGCCAAAAUCCAACAGCACCCACCAUGAUACCAACCAAGCCAGCGCAGACGGACCCGAUGAAACACCACAGCAACCAAAACCAGAAUCCAAGCAGGAAACUUGGGCAAGCUUUCUCGGUGUCGUGCUUGUGCUGGCAUUCAACGGUCUCCUGUUCUUUUGGGCCGGAGUCUUUGACGGCGCCUCCAAGCGCCACCAGGCCACCACGCUCUUCCUUUUGCCCCUACCCGAGUACACGGUGGAGACACUGCAACACAACAACAAUAAUGGUACUUUGGAUUUUCCGCAGCAAAAAGCCUACCAAUGGAUCCAAAAUGAUCCCCACUUGGAAGAAUAUUCCAAUGCUCGCAAACAACAACGAUUUGCUCUGGCCACAUUCUACUAUGCUACAGUAAUGAGUAUUAUUGGUGGUAAUAACGACGACGAACAGGCCGGCAGUUGGACACUCCAGGAUGGUUGGCUUUCCUACGACGUUCAUGAAUGCGAGUGGUUCAGCAGUCAAUGGCUCCAUCUGAAACGUUCAGGUCACUAUAUAUGUGAUGACAAUGGCAAUUAUCAGUCGCUCAUCUUGACCAUGAACAAAUUGUCAGGAAGCCUGGUUCCAGAAUUGGCCAUGCUGUCCCAUUUGAGAGUCCUGGAUGUGUCCACCAAUGAAAUCCAAGGGACCAUUCCAAGUCAAAUUGGACAGAUGACUGCACUCCAAGAGCUGAUUCUGGAUUUCAACAAACUCACAGGUGUUGUGCCCUCCGAGAUUGGCCAAUUGACUCUUCUAGACUCAUUCUUGGUGCAGUACAAUCAAGUGACUGGGACAAUCAUGACCCAAGUUGGUCUCUUGACCAACAUGGCGGAAUUGGAUUGGUCCAAUACAAUGACACGGGGAGCUGUUCCAACAGAACUGGGCCACUUGACAAAGUUGGAAUUCCUCUACCUUCACAACAACCCAGCACUUGCUGGGACCAUGCCAAGUGAGCUUGGCCAUUUGACAAGCCUGCAAGUUUUGCAGUGGGCCAUCACCAUGGCACGAGGAACCAUUCCAACCGAGCUGGGACGGUUGACUCAUCUGAAGCGUCUGCUUCUUCACACCAACCAAGCAUUGACGGGCACCGCCCCAACAGAACUUGGAAAAUUGACUCGUUUGGAGCGCCUCGAUCUUCAAAACAAUAAUGCACUAGCUGGCACGAUCAUGACUGAAGUCGGUCACUUGACCAACCUGAAGUCCUUACAAUGGGCUCUCACAAUGACAAGAGGCACCCUUCCAACGGAGCUUGGCUUGUUGACCCAAAUGACUUUGUUGUCUUUGGAACAAAACUUUCUGGAAGGGCCAAUCCCUUCCCAGCUUGGCUUGAUGUCAAAUCUAUCCUAUUCUUUAUCCUUGUAUACCCAAUUCUUGACAGGAACCAUACCAUCGGAGGUUGGCAGGCUUGCUGCUUUGGAAGCUCUCUACCUUGAUGGGAAUUCUCUCUCUGGCUCCAUCCCAACGGAAGUUGGUCUUUUGGAGAGUGCAGUAAGCAUAUUUGUGAAGGACAAUGACCUCCAAGGCACCAUUCCUUGGGAACUUGGAAACUUGUCCAUGCUGGAGUACCUUGAGCUUUCUUCCAAUGCUGGCAUUUCUGGAAGUAUCCCUUCUGAACUUGGAGGCAUGACAUCACUGACUUUGCUCACUUUAGACAAGACAAGUCUCAGUGGUUCUGUCCCAGUGGAGCUGGGCAACUUGGUUGUGAAUGGCAGCAUCACCAAACUGUUAUUGGAUGAUACAUUUGUGGCUGGAGAGAUACCAAGUGAACUUUGUGAUAUCUCUGAUUUGGCCUUUGAUUGCUCAGAUCAUCUUUGUGGUUGUGACUGUGUUUGCCAAUGGCAUUUUGCGGCGCAAGGCAGUGUGGCGUCUCCAGGAGGCAGGCCUGUGCACGAUGAUGUGCCGUAG